UUUUUAAAUGGAUUUAUCACAAUUGGACUUGAUUUCACAACACGAAGAUGAUUGUUCAUUGACACAUAUUGAACUUGAUGAUGUUGUGCCCAUCGAAAUGGACCCUCAAAAUGAUGGAAAUGAAAUUGUUGCUAAUGACCAAUUGAAUGAUGGUGUGGAUAAUUGUCGGUCCAAGGCCAAGCUCAUAGAUGGAGAUAAAGUUGUUGAGGAGCCUAAGAGCGGUAUGCUAUUUGGCUCCAUAGAGGAAGUCGUUGACUAUUAUAGGAAUUAUGGAAAGCAAGCGGGCUUUGGUGUGACACAAAAGAAGAAGAAAAAGUAUGAAAAUGGAGAUGUACACUACAUCAGUCUGACAUGUGCUCGCGGAGGCAAAGCAUCAUCCAGUUCAAGUAAUAACCUAUGCAAGGCUAGCAAAACAAGCAAAACGGGGUGUCAGGCUACUUUGAAUGCAACGUUAGUGGAUACAUCGUGGUAUGUGACAAAUGUAAAUCUAGGGCAUAAUCACGACUUAAGCCCAGGUAAAGCGAGAUACUUUCGGUGCAACAAGAAGUUGGAUCCUGCUACGAAGAGAAAGCUUGAUAUAGAUGAUAGAGCUGGAAUCCGCACAAAUAAAAUUUAUAACGCACUAGCCGUUGAAGCGGGGGGUUAUAAGAAUCUUACAUUUGGAGAGAGAGAGUGUCGCAAUUAUAUUGCGAACUCAAGACGCCUUCGCCUUGGUACAGGAGGUGCCGCAGCACUUCGUGACUAUUUCAAUAGAAUGCGGAACGAAUUUGUGGAUCAAUACGAUAACGCUUUGCGCAGGAAGGUUGAGGUUGAGAAUGUUGCUGAUUUCGAUUCCUUCAAUACCACCAUUUCAUGUGUGAUCGAACAGGUAGAAAUUAAUGAAUCCUAUAGGAAAAAAAUCGUUUUUAAUGUUUGCUACAAUGGCCCUGUAUAUGAAGUGAAUUGUAGUUGCCGUUUGUUUGAAUCAAGAGGAAUUUUGUGCAAACAUGCCAUAUCCGUGUUGACUACAUUUGAAGAUGUCGAUUUCUUGCGCGAAAAGUAUUUUCUAAAUCGAUGGAGGAAGGAUUUGAAGCGGCCAUAUAAGUUAAUCAAGAGUAGUUAUGAUCCUUUGAGUGGCAACCCUACUGCAGAUCGAUAUGCUGAACUGAGCAACAAUGUGCUGAAGUUGGCCGCUAUUGCAGCACCAAACGUGGACCAUUGCAUGGAAUUGCAAAGUAUGUUGAUAUGCUAA